AUGUCUCGCUAUGACGAUUAUCGCUCGUCGUCGGGUACUCUCGACUCGCGCGAUCGCUACGACCGAUAUUCGCGGGGUCCUCCUGUCGCCGAACGUGAACGACCCCGCCGAGUCGACGAGGAGCGUUUCGAGCUGCGCCUCAGCGAAGAAGACCGAUACGGUCCCCCUGCUCGCGCGGUCGGCCGCUACUACGAAGAUGAUUAUCUGUCUCAGCCCUCAGAGCCUCCAGUCACGCCUGACCGCCGCCGCCGUCGUGCGGGGAGCUCCGCCGUUGCUCCUCCCCGGUUGAUUAGGCGGCAGUCGUCUCUUGAUACUUUCGAUCGCAUCCCGCGGCGGAAACUCGAGUCUCUCGAGUUAAGAGACCGAGCAGGUCCUCUCCCUCACGCUCCUCCGCCCCCACGAUUGCAUGUCCCCUCCCCGGGGAGGUACCGUGAGCGGGAAGUGUAUGAGGACAUUCGCAUCGCCGAGCCCGAUUACUACGGGGACGAAGAGUUUCGAGAUAUCCGUGGGAGAGACACAAUGGACCGCCGCAGCCGGCGGUCGAGCAGUGCUGCGAGGCGAAGACAUGAGGAGAAGCCGUAUCCUCGGAAGGGCAAAACCCGUAUUCCACGGAAGUGGGUGCAUGUUCACGCGAUUAUGGAUCUGGGAUACCCUUACAAAGAAGAAGACGAGACAAUUGUCAUUCAGAAAGCGCUGUCGAAGGAGCAAAUUGACGAGGUGAUCAGCAUCAGUCGAGAAUACAGACGGCCUGCAAAUGUUGAAACGGAGUACCUGCGCCUUCGCUCUCCUCCGCGCGAGCGCGUCACCACCGAGCAGCUUGUGGUAGACUCGCGCCAGUCGCCUCGGUCCAGUCAUGACAUGUUCAUUGUUGAGCCGUCCAGAAGUCCUUCGCGCUACCGGGAGGUCGAUUACCGUGACGUGGAUUACCGCGACGUGGACUAUCGUGACGUAGACUAUCGUGACGUCGAAUAUCGCGAUGUCGAGUAUGAAGAGGUCGAACGACCGGUUCGCAGCUUGGCUCGGCCACGCUCUAUCUCUGUUGUGCGGCCACGAUCAGUGCUCAUCCACAGUCACAGGCCAUCGUCUCCCCUCCGGGUGCUCGAGAGCCGAACACACGUGGAAUCCAGGCCUCAUGAGGGGUCGAUGGUACUAGUGCGGCCCAAGCGUAGCGAUCAUGACAUUUCCGCAGAAAUCGUGGACUUGGAGAACGAGAGACGGAUACUACGAGCAGAGCCGCAUGGGGGAAUUGAAAUCACGCGGCAGAAGGACACCGACAUUAUCGAUAGCAGGGGCAACGAAGAAGAAAUCAUUGAUAUUCGCCGUCAAGAACGCUCAGAACCUCGCUCAAGGGUUAUGCGGGCUAUGUUUGCUACCUUGACCUAA